CUCGAAAACGUACCGGAUCUGAGUAACCGUCGGCGUUCUAACGAAAGCAACAACAAGAGACAGCGCCUCUUCCACGAGAGACAGAGAGAGAACGUGGUGGCGCUCAGAGCCGUCUUCGUGUGUACUCUCGGGAUCGAUACACAGUACACACUUGGCGCGACGUUCGUGUAAGGUUACGGUUUUGUACGGGAUCGCAUGCGGGUGUGUUAUAGCCUCUCUCCACGCUUGUCUCUCGCGGCGUCGUCGCGUCGUUUCGUUGUGUUACGUGCAUGCUCUCUCCUCCCCAACAACGAGGGUGGAUUUUCGGUCUAGCUACGAGAAAAAAAAAAAAAAGAAAAAAUUCAAAGAAAUCGAGAACCGUAGAGUACCGUCGGUACGGUAUGCGGGCACCUCGUGAAACGCACCCUCACCCGAGGCUACCGCGCCGGCAACCGAUCCUGAAAAGAAACGCGUGAGAAUGACAAGUCUCGUAGCAUGUCUUGACGAGUAGGAGUGGCUCUUCAACGGGGUUUUCGGCAGACAAGGGUUCUCCAAAAUGGCGGGCGGUCAGCAGCUUCCCGAACAGUACACGGUACCGCAGCUCGCUAGGGUCUUCCACAGGCUGCCGCACCUCAACGUCUCUCUUCACUCGGUCAAUAACACCUUCAAUCCGCAUUCCGAAAUCUAUCUCGAGAGCCUCGGGAUACUUGGGAGCAUCCCCGCAGCCUGGUUAAUCCUCACGUUGCUGGUACUGCUGGUCUACCUGGUAACGAGAUGCUGCGACCGGAAACCGCGCCCCAGGAGGUCGAUAACCCUGCUGAAGUGUUCGCUGGCCAUCCUGGCGUUGCUCUGCAGCGGAGCUGUUGCCGUCGGCCUCUACGGUAACGACGACGUGCACAACGGUUUGGUGCAAUUGGUGGCCGCCGCGAAGAACGUCGAUGGUAUUCUCAUGGGUGUACGGAAUCAGACCGACACCAUCGAGGCGACAUUGAAGAAGAAAGUGCAGCUGCAGUUGACUGCCUUGGGAGACGAUUUCGAUGCCCCUGUCAGCAAUAAAACCAUGCUCGGCCUGCUGUUGGCUGCUCUGCAGAGCAUGAAGCAGAACACGAACAUAGCCAUGAACCGGAGCUUCGAAAUUCGAAAACCACUGAACGGCAUUAGCCUGGCUGGCGCGAUCGGGAUGGGAGAGAAGAUAGAGCAAUUAAGGUGGCCCGUCACUAUGGCCGUUCUCAGCGCGCUUCUUGUUCUCUGCGUGGUGUUGGUUGUCGGAGUUGCGCGACAUUCCAGAUGUGUUCUCAUAACAUUUUCCGUGUUUGGUCUGUUCGCGGUGAUAGUCUCCUGGCUGAUGGCAUCGCUGUACCUCGCGACUUCAGUGGCCUUAGGUGAUCUCUGCGUGUCCCCAGACGGUUACUUAACCAGAGCGGUACCGUCCACUCUAGCCUCGGAGGUUCUUUCGUAUUACACGCACUGCGAGAACACGCGCAGCAAUCCGUUCAGCCAGAGAUUAAACGACGGUCAAAUCGCGGCGAGCAACAUGAGAGAGAACAUGAACACCGUGACCAGGUUCGCGCUGGAGUUGUUCAAAGAGCAACACUUGCAACCGAAAUUGACCAGCCUCUCGAUCGACGUGUCCACCGUGAACAAGCUGAUGUCGGGAUUGACGACGUUACUCGAUUGCAAGCCACUUCACAAGCAAUACGUUCAUGCCGCGAAGAGCUUGUGCCAUUUAGGACUGUACGGACUAACUUUCAUGCUGUUGGCGAGUUUAGCCGCCGGUCUGUUCUUCACGGUGUUAGUUUGGGUGGACUCUCACACUUGGAUCUAUAUUCGAAAGCGAAGAGAUUACCAUCAAGUCGACGAACAGGACCCGUAUCUACCGCCAUCGGCAGCUUCGCAGGCGAUUGCAGCGCGGACCCUUCGAGGCCAAGGGUCGUACCCGCCUACAGCCCCUUCUGUAUUUUAUCCGAAUGCUCAUGGCACUCAAAAUACCAUUAAGCAGCCUCUCUUGCUAACGCCGCCCCCGCCGUCCUACGCUACUGCGACUGCUCGAGCACGUCAGCUGCACGAGAGCAUGCUAAAAGGUGGGGGUAUUAACGGGAGCGGAGGAGGCGGGGAUCACAAAUCGUCUCAGCAUAAUCAGCAAUCGACAGGUGGACGAGCUGAGCACCGUUCUGGGCUCGGAGAUCAACCUGGCCAGUACGCGACUCUGAGCAAACAGUGCAAAACCCUCGAGUCCAGUGAUUUUUACUGAGGACACGCCCCCGCAGGGCCCGGUAGAGAACCACCGUGGACACCAAGCGUGGCAUCCUUCACCGGUACCCUGUCUCACAACUCUCACGGACCUGCACAUCUGGCCACUUUUCAAGACUCUCGCAAAACGCAGACGCUGGACCCGAAGAAUCUAGCAAACUUAAA